AUGGCGCAGACGAUUGUUCAGCUCCAAAGACAUCCAGGAACCCCAUGGGGAUUUAGACUACAAGGUGGACGAGACUUUUCCUCAGAACUCAGUGUGAAAAAGAUUCACCCGGGCAGCCCAGCAGAGGGCCAGCUCCGACCCGGCGACCGUAUCGUCGCUAUAGGCAACACUCCCACCGCCAACCUGACGCAUAUGCAAGCCAAUCGUCUCAUCAAAAGUGCCGGGAAUGUAGUCCAGUUCACUAUCAUCAGAGGACCAUCCACUGACUUCUCUCACAUCAAACCGUCAGGUCCUGUGAAAUUUUCUCCAUGGAAGUACAAUCAGCAACUGCAGCAGCAGCAACAUCAAAAUCACUACUAG